GAGGGAGAGAAUUUAUGUCUGCUUGUUUUAUUAUUUUAUUUUUACCCUUUUCCACGCCCUUUCAGAACUAUCCGCGAUUUCCCUCUUUGCGCCUUGCCCUGAGCGGACACUCCCUCUGCCCCUCGCUCCUUACCCGAGAGAGCUGCGCCGUCACUUUUUGCUCUGAGCCGAGCGGACGGAGCAGGUAAUUGCUGCCAUGGAAACACAACUGUCUAAUGGACCAACUUGCAAUAACACAGCCCAUGGUUCAAACACAAUAAACAAUUGCUCUUCACCGAUUGAUUCUGGAAACGCAGAAGACAGCAAGACUAAUCUGAUAGUCAACUACCUUCCACAGAGCAUGACACAAGAAGAGCUGAAGAGUUUGUUUGGCAGCAUUGGUGAGAUAGAGUCUUGCAAGCUUGUCAGGGACAAAAUAACAGGACAGAGCUUGGGUUACGGUUUUGUGAACUAUGUUGACCCCAAGGACGCUGAGAAAGCUAUCAAUACACUGAAUGGAUUGAGACUUCAAACUAAAACAAUAAAAGUUUCCUAUGCGCGACCAAGUUCAGCUUCUAUCAGAGAUGCUAACUUGUAUGUUAGUGGACUUCCCAAAACAAUGACUCAGAAAGAACUGGAGCAACUCUUUUCCCAAUAUGGACGCAUUAUAACUUCUCGUAUUUUAGUUGACCAAGUCACUGGUAUGUCAAGAGGCGUGGGGUUUAUCCGAUUUGACAAACGUAUUGAGGCAGAAGAAGCUAUCAAAGGCUUGAAUGGCCAGAAGCCUCCAGCUGCCACAGAGCCCAUUACUGUGAAGUUUGCUAACAAUCCAAGCCAAAAAAACAAUCAAGCCAUCCUUUCCCAGCUGUACCAUUCUCCAAACAGGAGGUAUCCAGCACCUCUAGCUCAGCAGGCUCAACGUUUUAGGUCCCGGUGGUCAGAGCUCAUGGACAGCGUUCUAGCAGAACUUCCAGACUGUUUCCAACUUGUCAGCCUUUCUACCACAAGUGCCCAGCAGCAGUGGAGGUCAGCACUGAGGGGAAGGAUACCCAGUUGUGUUCAGUGUUUGGGGAAUGUUUGAGUUGCUUCUUUGGGAAGAAGAAUGAUGUAAUUGUAAUAUAAUAGCCAUCUUCUGCAACAUUAGGCAUUGAAACUUCAAAUUUUUGGUUGUUUGCAAUUCUUCUUUAUAAAACAGUGCAUUUUUGUGAAUGCCAGUUUAAAUUUAUCUGGAAGUUUUUUGGUAAGAUGUUAAGCGUGAAGUUGAUGCUUGCAGCAACCAUGAGGAGAUGUUGCGGUUUGCUCCUCUUAAAAGUGUAAUUGUAGCAAGUAGUAUCAAGUGGGUAUCAGGCCUGCAGCGGGUGGGAGGGGUGAGUUCUGUCCUUGCUGGGUGUUGAAGUAGAAGGUUGAGCUUACAGAGAACCAACUGGUCAGACAGUGAAAGUGGAAUAGCAAACAUUAGUUCUUUCUUUUUCUUCUAUCUUCAGGCUUCUGUUUGCCAGAAGAGACAGCCUUGAUAAAUUUUACAUGUUGGUAACUGUCGAGAGAGAUCUUACAUUUGGGAUUUGCUUAUGUACCAUUGUUGCAGCAUUUCAGGUGCUGGUAUUGGUGCAGUUCAGAUUGCAAUGACAGCUCAGGUCUUCCAUGUCUUUCACAUGCAAAAAAAAAAAAAA